AUGUCACGAUUUCAACCAGAUGGGCUCCUUGACAACCUACCUGGAAAGGUAGUUCUGCUGACAGGUGGGGCACAUGGCAUUGGAGCGGCGCUGGUGAAAUUCUGCGUAGAGAGGGGAGCGGCCGUCUGCUUUGGCGAUCUGGACGAACAAGCCGGCACGGCACUUGCCAACGAGAUAUCUCAGCUCAGGUCAUCCAAGGGAGACAAGCCGGGGAGGGUUCACUUCGUCGCCACGGAUGUCACGCAGUACCAGUCUGUGCUAGCACUCUUCCAAGCUGGUCUUGAGAAGUACGGCCGCAUUGACAGUGCCAUCUCGUGUGCUGGCAUCAUCGAGAUUGGCAAUUGGUUUGACCCGACGCUAGAUCUUGACACAAUCCGCACCGUCCCCACGAGUAAAGUUCUGGACGUCAACCUCCUGGGAUCACUUUAUUUCGCCAGAAUCGCUUCCGUGUACCUCCGCCAAGGACAGCGACAAAGCGGCGACGACAAGUCUCUAACCUUGAUAUCCUCCGUUGCAGGAUUCAAGGAAUCACCAGGCCUAUUUGUGUACCAGCUGACAACACCACCCCGAAACCAGGCAUCGAAGCACGGCAUUCUAGGCCUGAUGCGCUCACUGAGACUCUACCUGCCACCGACAACAGACAUUCGAGUCAACGCGAUCUGCCCAUGGAUGGUGCCAACAGCGAUGACGGCGGGGAUUGAAACCAUGUGGCGCGCGGCCGGCCUCCCGAUCAAUGAGACAGUCGACGUGGCGAGGAUCAUCGCCGGAGUAGCUUGCGACCCAGACAUGAAUGGCAAGGCAAUCUACGUAGAGGGCGGCCGUGGCUGGGAAAUCGAGGACAAUAUCAAUCACCUGGAGAGCCAGUGGCUCGGUGAAGAGCAGGCUGCAUCGCUGGCGAGAGGCCAGGAGGUACUCGGCGCGGGGAUGGAUUGGGCAGCUAAGAAGGAGAAAGCAACAGCGAAAGCUUAG